UGCCCAAUUUGAAUGACUUGAAGGCAGGUAGCUAUGAGCUACGCACACAGGCUGCGCACAGUAGGACUGUCUGUGGUUGAACUACGGAGGCGUGUUGAUGACAAAUCUGCCAAAACUACAGGUGACUUUCUGACGAUACCUCUGCAGCGAACCUGACCUGACGUUGACUAAACCACGCCUACGAGUUUGGUCAGGCCAAAGCCUUGCGUCUGGCUGGGUUGAAUAUGGCUCUGUCAUUCCUUUUGGUCUUGGCUGCAACUGUGAUUCUUAUCAGACCCGAGACACCUGUAACUAAGGCUUUACACCAGAACUCACUUGAGUGCUGUGGUGAUAAACAGAGAGUGAACAGCUCAUGUUCAAAUAACACCCACUGUGAACCAGGGUGCUUCUUGCGUGUCCUUGACAAUAGCAACACUGUUUGCAUAUUCUGUGACUCAGCAGCUGUGGAUUUGGAGAACAUAACAGUCUGCAACUACAACUACACAGUGGAGAGGAAAAACCACACAACCGUAACUACUGUCAUUCCUAAAAUUGGAGGCCCAGGUGUGGCAGCCUCUCUUCUCCUGGGAACUCUGUUGAUCAGCCUGUUCCUGAUCCUCUCUGUUGCCUCCUUUUUCUACCUCAAACGCUCAAACCGACUCCCGGGCAUCUUCUACCGCCGCAACAAAGCCUUCAUAUUCCAACCGAGUGAGACAGCUGUCAUGAUCCCCUCCUCGACAGUGCGGAAGCAAAGGUAUGUCAGAAGGGAGCGGCCCUCUGCAACAUCAACACUAAAUAGUGCCACCGUACCCACCACAUCCACCACCCAGGUCUAUAAUGUGUAGGAGGAGGAGGGCUGGGAGUGACGUUGCAGGUACGAGAGAACGCUCAGGAACGAUGUUAGAUUUUUGUUUUUAUCAUGUGAAGGUUCAGCUGUGGAAGAAAGACCAGUCGAAUUGUACGUAGGUGGCUGUAUUUUAAAUGUAGCUGCUUUUGCUGCAUUCUUGUCACUAGGGCUGUUACUUUUUCUCAAAUUAACAAUGAGUGUUAUAUUGUAGUAUCCACCAGCUAACAUGUCAACCAUCUGACACAAUCUCUGAUAUUACAUUUGUUUUGCACUCGAAAAAAACGCAAUCACCCCAGGAAAAAGUUUCAGUAUUUCUCUGUAAAUUUGAAACCUGCCAUGUUGGUUUGUGUUUCCCUCACACUGAUGCAACACUUCAGGAUCACUCCUUUUUGUUUUUAAGUCCAAACCAUAACUGUUGUUUAACAGUGUGUGUUCAGUUGACUUGACUUGAAAUUAUGAGUUUCGUAAAUAUGAUGACCUGUCUGUUCAAGGGAUAGCUUGACAUUUAGGGAAAUACACGUAUUCACUCUCUGGUGGAGAGCACCAGCACUCUAAAGUUCACUUAAUACACACAUUUUAUCUAUUUUAAUCUGUAUAACCCCCCCAAAAAGUGGAAAAAACAAAAUGUUCUAUCAUACUGGCCUAACUUUUGCAGUAAAUUAUUGUUUUUUCACUUUGUUUUUUAAUUUGCGUUAAACAACUAGAUAUAACGUUGUGCUUUUUGUUGCCUUUGGACAGAGCCAGGCUAGCUGUUUCCAGUCUUUAUGCUAAGCUAAGAUAACCAGCUGCGGUCUAUAGAUAUGUUUUUUACAGAUCCGAGAGUGGUAAUGAUCUUCUCAUCUUACUCACUGCAAGAAAGUGGAUAAGCCUAUUCCUCUCUAUUGUUUUGAUGCAAAGAUUAAUUGUGACAGUGAUUGAAUUGAGAAGCAGUGAUUUGUUUUGGGGGACAAAGUGACAGCCCAGUGACAUUUGAUGGAAGCCUCUGUUUGCUAUAUAGGAUGAUAUUUACAUGCUUGAUAUUUAUAAACAUUUUGUAACUGUGCACUGAGCUUUACUGAUUACAGUCAGACCAACAGUAUACAUUAUGUGUCAAAUAGUAGAGUUUGUUUGGUGGGCCGGGAUACUUUACGGAGAAUGCUGUUGGUGCUGUAUGGAUGAUUGUUUUAUUGCUUUUUUAUGUUUUAUUAUUGAAUUAGCAUUUUUGUUAGCGUAACCAAGGUGAAUGUAUUACACAUGUACAACAAAUCAUGCUUCGCAGUUGCUUCCAUCAUGAAUCCACAACAGACCUCGUCAAACAUUUAAGAGGUGAAGUCAUUUUCAACCACAAAAUCAUUUUGAUUUUCAUAGGAAGGUCCUGUGAUCCUACAAACCUUUUUAAAAUGCCAAUUUUGCUCCAUAAAGUAGAUUUGAAGUCCAAUAGAUUUUCUCUCAAAACUUCAAAUUACUUGUGCACUUUAUUUGUCUGAGGUCAUCAGCUAAUGUUGGACCCUCAUUUUGAAACGACUAGUUGCCAAUAAGUGUGAUUGAGAUUUAUUUGUUGUAUGGAUGGCAACAUUACUGUUGCAUUGUGACAUUUUCUUGACUACUAUUAACUUUUGCCAAAUGUUGUCUGAAGAAAAUGGCUUCUACUGUGUGCCAUUACUGUGAUUACUGUGCCAUUAUGAGCUUUAAAAGCAGCCAGGAAUAAUUAGUCAUGAUGUGGUGAAUAAUUGGGUAUUUGAAUUAUAUCCAGUGGCCUUUAUAUUUACUGUACACGAUUCUAAAACAAGUAUCCUAGAUUUAUUUGCUACGUGCUAUUUAAUUACAUAUAGUUUUAUAUAACACUAAGGCUGUAAAAAAUAUUUUCCGCCUUCAGUAAAUGUGAAGCAACAUGAAGUGAACCAGAUAAAAAGGCAGCAAUCAUUCCAUGAAUAUUCCCCUUUUUGCUUAAUGUGUUUGCUGUUGAACAGACAGCCAUAAGCUGAAGACAUGUACAUAUUGUUUUUAUACAAAUUAUGUAUUGUUUUUGUAAUCAUGCACAUAUUCUAGUUUCAAUGCCGUGAAGAAUGUUCUAAAGAUGUAUGUAACGUUGGGAGAAAUAAAGCACCUUUCCAUAACCAGUUUUUCUCUCUGUGCAGCUUCUCUAAUGUGAGCUCAUACGCUGCUGGUUUUGUAUGUAAAACUAUUUAGCUUAAAUUUCAUAUUGUUCAAAGACCAAUUUGAACAAUUUUAAUGUGGUUUCUGUGUGUUCUGAGAACCCACACAGCGCCACACUGGGGGUUUUCUGGCUGUUCCUCAACUCAGAUAAGACCUGCAGUGAAGUGACACCCAUAGUAAAGAUGUUCUGAGAUCGCUGAAAAAUGCUUAUUUUGGGGUAACCGAGACCUGUACUGAAUUUGUGUCUGAUGGGAAAUUGCAAGGUUUUGUGUUUGCUUCUGUCCUCAAAUGAGUUAACGUUUAAGUCUCAAAUACCUCCAUUAAAAGUUGUUGUUUAUGUUUAUUCUAUGUCUAUCUUU